AUGGCGUGCUCACCAGCAACACCCGGCGGUGACACAGCUGCGUACAGAAGACGUUUCUCCAUUAUUGGGAGCUUGGGAAAAUCUCUCGGCACCAGUCUUGGCCGCUCUUUUACAGGGAGCUUUGGUCGCAACAGUUAUACAAGAGAAGGAUUUUUAGAUGUUUACAACUUUCAAUUUGGCGCACGGUCUCCCGUGGUUGCUGCAUCGCCAGCACACGAGCUGGCGCACUUUGCCGGACUUGAAGACCGGUUCUGCAAAGACUUUUUCUGCUGUGGCAUGAACCUAGGAAACCUGCAUGAUCUGCUACAACAUUUUGAAGAGUGCCAUGUCCGCGUCGAAUCCGAUGUCGACGAGGACGAGGAUCUCCCUUUUGAGUUUGAGAGUAUGGACGAGAUGGACACGGACAUGAGCGACGGCGACAGCGUUUCCUCACAUCCCACCACCUUUUCCGACAUUUACCUCAAAUCCCAGCUCUUGCAAUCCCAAACCAACCCAACACAAGCAGUCGCCUUGUCUGACAUCUUUUCCGAAGAUUACCGAAUUAGCAAUCGAUCCGGUUCGACUGCAUCUGCCUUUGACACAUCAGUGAUACGUAAACGCGUCACCUCUGGCCCCACCUCUACCCGGGUCAAAAAAGUCAAACCUGCACAGCAGCCAGAGCAACAACCCACGCUGCCGUUUAGCGUAGACGGACCGACUCAGAUGGUUAGCGAUAUGGACAUUGACGAGCCACCAGUUGCGCCGUCGCCAUCGGUCGUGCAAACACCUUCCCCAGCUCCGACACCAGCUCCUGCUGCCGCUCCUUCCCCAUCUCCAGCGCCCGUCUCGAUGCCACAAUCCCUCUGUCCUCCCUCCCUUCCUGCUGCACUUAACCUCCAACCCCUCCAUCUACCCACCGCCGCCUCGCUUGCUCUCCCCAACUUUGAUACUCCCGUUAUCGCCCCUGCAGCAGCUGGACAAACACCGAUGUCUUACGAUGCAAUGGCCAUGGUGACAGACGAUUCCCAAAAGGACGAUCGCCCAUACAAGUGCAAGGUGAUGGGCUGCACCAAGGCGUACAAGAAUCCCGGUGGUCUCAAAUACCACAUGCAGCACGGACACUGUGAGGACACUGGGGACCCAGAAAUGAACAAUAUCAUUCACAAACCAUACCAAUGCACUGUUCCUGAUUGUGGAAAACGGUACAAAAAUCUUAAUGGUCUCAAGUAUCACAUUGAGCACGCGCAUAUUUCAUUACUCGGAGCCUGCUAAGAUCAUACGACCCAUUAUACCAUCUUUUAAAGGGAUAACACUUUUUUUGGGCCUUUUGAAAACGAACGUG